AUGCGGGCGGUGCUCAUCCUGGCGUGCCUCGUGGGGGUGGCCUGCGCUUUCUCGGUCAAGAGCUGGCUGCGGCGGGUCAAGGCGGACGACUCGGAGGAAAACGCGGUUUUGAAGAGCAGGCACCGGUACUACCUGUACAGGUACGCGUAUGCGUACCCUCCGCAGAGGAGGUAUCGGGGCAGUGACUCAUCAGAAGAAGAAGGCUCUGAGGAGGAGGAUGAGGGGGACUGCAAUGGCCAGGCAGGAACUGGCCUGGGCAAAUCUGCUGGCAAGGGCGGUGAAGGCGAGGACUCCGAGAACGAAGACAGCGAUGAGAACGAGGAGGAAGAGGAGGAAGAAGAGAACGAGGAGGAGGUAGAGGAGAACGGGCAGGGUGUUAACGGCACAAGCACCAACAGCACGGCGGAAGGAGACAGCGCUCAGGGCAAUGGCACCGCCGCAGCAGAGGGAGGCAACGGCACGGCUGGUGAGGAGGAGGAGGAGGAAGAAGAGGAGGAGGAGGAGGAAGAGGAGGAAGAGGAAGAAAGCGAAGCAACAACCGCUGUCAUCACCACCGUCAAUGAGGGGCUUUCUGCCACAACCGCGCCAGCAGACACGAGCUCCCCAGACACCACCACAGCGACCGACGACCAGUGGGAGUAUGAGAUGACGGUCAGCGGCAUAGAGAGCCGCACUGGCAACUACAACUACGGCCACGAAGGAGGGGACGCCCGUGGGGACAGCUACCGGGCCUACGAGGAUGAGUACGGCUACUACAAGGGCCACGGCUAUGAUGUUUAUGGCCAAGAUUACUACUACAGCCAGUGA